AUGUCUUCGGGCGCCCCCACCCAACGCACCCCACUCACCCAGGGGUCUCCCGCCCUGCAGCGCCCAACCCAACGCACCCCACUCAACCAGGGGUCCCCCGCCCUGCAGCGCCCAACCCAACGCACCCCACUCACCCAGGGGUCCCCCGCCCUGCAGCGCCCCAACCCAACGCACCCCACUCACCCAGGGGUCCCCCGCCCUGCAGCGCCCCCACCCAACGCACCCCACUCACCCAGGGGUCCCCCGCCCUGCAGCGCCCCCAUCCAACGCACCCCACUCACCCAGGGGUCCCCCGCCCUGCAGCGCCCCAACCCAACGCACCCCACUCACCCAGGGGUCCCCCGCCCUGCAGCGCCCCAACCCAACGCACCCCACUCACCCAGGGGUCCCCCGCCCUGCAGCGCCCCAACCCAACGCACCCCACUCAGCCAGGGGUACCCUGCCCUGCAGCGCCCCAACCCAACGCACCCCACUCACCCAGGGGUCCCCCGCCCUGCAGCGCCCCAACCCAACGCACCCCACUCAGCCAGGGGUCCCCCGCCCUGCAGCGCCCCAACCCAACGCACCCCACUCAGCCAGGGGUCCCCCGCCCUGCAGCGCCCCAACCCAACGCACCCCACUCAGCCAGGGGUCCCCUGCCCUGCAGCGCCCCCACCCAACGCACCCUACUCAGCUUUAGGAUCUUAG